AUGAACAUUCGCUCAACCCACUUCACGCUGCUGGAGUGUGGCUGGUCUCCACUCCGCCGUCCCUUAUCGGAGUACAUUAAGUACGGCAUGAUCAACAUGGAUAAGCCCUCCAACCCUAGCUCUCACGAAGUUGUUUCCUGGAUCAAGCGCAUUUUGAAGUGCGACAAAACGGGUCACGCUGGUACUCUCGAUCCCAAGGUGACUGGCGCCUUAAUUAUUUGCACUGACCGCGCUACGCGCCUGGUGAAAUCCCAGCAGAAUGCCGGCAAAACAUACAUUGGUGUGC